AUGAGCUCCAUUAAUUCCGAGCCAACCUACAAUUACCACUAUUGUCUAGACCAAUCUAACGAAACCCCCAACACUUCUUUCCAAUCAAACCUCACAGUCCUGUUGGGUUCUUUAUCCUCUAAAGCUUCCCAAAGCUACAGCUUCUACAACGAUACCUCUAAUGGCAUCUACGGCCUCUUCCUCUGCCGAGGUGAUGUUAACAGCAGUACCUGCCAAAGCUGUGUCAGCUAUGCGAGUCAAGAUAUCACAAGUCGGUGUCCAUCUAAUAGAACUGCUACCAUAUGGUUCGAUGAAUGCAUGUUAAGGUACUCCAAUAGUAAUUUCUUUGGAGUGGAAGCGACAUCGCCAGGGCUGCUUGCGUGGAAUAUUAUCGGGAAUACCACUUCACCUGAUGCAGCUAAUUUUGGAGCACAAGCUCUAAUGAACGGACUAAUAGAAGAAGCUUUAAGAACAGAUAUGUUGUUCAAGGCAGUGUUGCCAACUGAAGCAAGGGUGGCGCAUUUUGGCCCUAAGUUGCAAUAUGAGGUAUGA